UGCACUUCACGAAACUCACUCUCUCGGUGCGUCACGGUGGAAGUGUCUCUGGAAUCGGCGGGACUGAAGCGCAUGUCCUGGAGGAACAAUUCUGAGGAGAUUCUGAUGCUUCAGGAGGAGGUCAGAGUUAACUACAAAUCCCGAGGAUUUUACUGGGAAGUUUCAGAGCGGAUCUCCAACAGUUUUGCCUUCAGUAUGUGGAUCAGGAACUCGUUGAGAAACGCAGUAUAAUGCGCAAAUGGACGCUGCAAUGGAAACUGCCUGAGUUGCCGUGUGGACAGUGGCUGCAUGUCGUGCUGGUCGUCAGCUGUGUGUGUGUGUGUGAUGGCGACAGGGUCGUUGGGCAGGCGUCUGUGACUGACUGUUCAAAACACGAACGUCACACCAGGAACUACGACUACAUGGAAGGCGGGGACGUUCGAAUACGACGCCUCUAUAGUCGCACACAGUGGUUUCUGAUGAUCGACGAGAACGGGAAUAUUAACGGAACGCAGGAUCCCAACAACUGCUACAGUGUCCUGGAGAUACGGACGGUUUCUGAGGGAGGCGUGUUGGCCAUAAAAGGCCUGAAGAGCCAGUAUUAUAUUUCCAUGAGCCGAACCGGAAUGUUACAGGGCAAAAAAGACUACAACGACAGCUGCAACUUCAAAGAAGUGUUUUUAGAGAACUACUACACAGCGUACGCUUCUGUCAGAAAGACUCGAGACGGAAAAGAGAUGUUCAUCGCUCUGUCGAAAAACGGCCGGCCGCUGAAAGGAAAGAAGACGCGGAGAGAGAGCGUCACUUCUCACUUCAUCCCUCGCAAUUACCGAGAAGACGAGAAGACACUGGCGUGAGGAUGCACGCGAGAUUACUGUCAGUAUGAGGCAUGUUUGAUCACUGUAAACCCUAGCGCUCACAAUAAUGAACUGAUUUGAGUAGAGCCAACUCAAAUUAUACAAAUUAGUUCCGUCAAAUUAACUUUGAGUAUUUCGAAUUUUCUUUUGAGUUCACAAACUGACACAUUUUAAGUAAGAGUUUUACAUUUUUAUUAUCUUGUUAUUAUUUUAAUUUAGAUAAACUGGGAUGGGAUUUCCCAGCAUGCUUUAUCAUGACAUUAAAAAGGGAGAGUAAAUGCUAAAAUUAAGUGUUAUAUAAUGCUUUUUUUUUUUUUUUUUUAAAAGUGGGAGAUUUUGUAAUGUUUAUUAUGCUAUAGUUUAGUAUAGUUUCUAUUAUGGUGGGUUUUUUGGGAGUUUGCCAAAAAGAAAUUAAGUUUGUAAAGUGCUGUACUCAUUCACCAUGUGCUCCGCUAUCAUUUAUUGAAUUAGUUGGUUAAAGCUAGCCAAGUUUACACGACUAAAAAUAUAAGUUGAGCUUACGUGAUAAAUUUACUGAAAUAUUUCAAGUUAGGAGCAAUUCAAAUGUAUGAGUACGAAAUAAAAAUCUGCAAGUUCUGCUUACUUAAACGUUAAAUUAGUCAACUUAAAACAUUUUUACAACUUAAUCGGGUUUACAGUGCAAUAAAACAUUCAUGCUUUCUUUGCCGAGGAGACGUUGGUGAAACGCCACUGGGUUUAUAUAUGAAAAUAUUCUGGACUCAUGUAAACAACAGCUAUAAAUACUCAUCUGUGUUUUGAGAUAAAACUAUUUUUAUAUUUU